AUGGGCGUAGACGAACAAACUAGAAAACGGGCUGGAUCCAUCCCAUCCAUGGAAACAACCGGUGACGCAUUAAAAGAUGAGACCGUUAUUGUCGUCCUCGGUGCAUCUGGUGAUCUCGCAAAGAAAAAGACUUUCCCAGCUCUUUACGCUUUAUUCGCUCAAGGAUUACUCCCCAAAGAUGUCCACAUCGUUGGUUAUGCUAGAACCAAGAUGGAUGAAGCGGAAUUCUACAAGAGAGAAACUGAACAUAUUGAAGGUGAUGAAGAGAAGAUUAAACAAUUCAAAGAUAUAUCUUCUUACAUCUCCGGACAAUACGAUAAAGAUGAAGGAUUUCAAGAACUAUUAAAACAUCUUGAAAAAUUAGAAGGUGAUCGAAAAACCAAAAACAGAGUGUUCUACAUGGCAUUACCACCUUCGGUAUUCACAACAGUUGCUAAAGGAUUGAAAAAAAACGUUUAUUCAAAAGAUGGCAUCAACAGGAUUAUAGUAGAGAAACCAUUUGGUAAAGAUUUGGAAUCAUGUAGAGAGAUGAUGGCUGAUUUGAAAUCACAAUGGUCUGAAAAUGAGACUUAUAGAAUCGAUCAUUAUUUGGGUAAAGAAAUGAUCAAGAAUUUAUUAGUAUUGAGAUUCGGAAACGUCUUUUUGGAUGCUGCAUUCAACAAGAAUUUUGUCAGUAACGUUCAAAUAGUCUUCAAAGAACCCUUUGGAACAGAAGGAAGAGGUGGUUAUUUCGAUGAAUUUGGAAUCAUCAGAGAUGUUUGUCAAAACCAUCUUCUUCAAACACUUUCUAUCCUCGCUAUGGAACGACCUGUUUCUUUCUCCGCCGAAGAUAUCAGAGAUGAGAAGGUCAAAGUACUCCGAUCCAUUCCCGCUAUCGCCCAAAAGGAUGUUCUCCUUGGUCAAUACGUUGCCGAAGGCGACAAACCCGGUUAUCUCGAUGAUGAAACAGUUCCCAAAGGCUCAGUAUGUCCUACGUUCGCCGCCAUGACUCUUUGGGUAAACAACCCUCGAUGGGAAGGUGUACCUUUCAUCAUGAAGGCAGGAAAGGCACUCAAUGAAUCCAAAGUAGAAAUCCGAAUUCAAUUCAAAGAUGCCCUUCAAGGUAUCUUCACAGACAUUCCUCGAAAUGAAUUAGUGAUGAGGAUUCAACCUUCAGAAGCUGUUUACUUGAAAAUGAAUGCUAAAUUACCUGGAUUCGCGACAAGAGCUGUACCCACUGAAUUAGAUUUGACAUACAAAAAGAGAUUCGUCGAUACCAACAUUCCUCAAGCUUAUGAAGCUUUGAUCUUGGAUGCUAUCAAAGGUGACCAUUCCAACUUUGUAAGAGACGAUGAAUUAGAUGUAGCUUGGAAGAUCUUCACUCCUAUCCUCCACUGGAUUGAUAGUAAAGACGCGCCUAAACCCGAACCCUAUCCUUACGGUUCUAGAGGUCCUAAGCAACUCGACGACUUUACUUCUAAAUUCGGUUAUCAACGAUCUCCACAAGAAUACUCUUGGCCUCAUACUUCUGCUAGCUUGUAA